AUGAAUGCGGAGAGGGAGCUUGAGCCCCUGUUAGCUCUGGCCCAGCACCAUCAUCCUAACAUUGUGCUGUUUAUUGAAGAUUUCAAGGACAAAAGCAGCCUGUGGCUCGUGAUGGAGUUCUGUCCGCUGGGGACUAUGAAGUUCCUGCUGGAAAAUGGACCCUCCUACAACGAGCAAUUCAUGCGGCAGAUCGCCGAUGCUGUCGCCUACCUGCACGGCUGUGGUAUUGUGCACCGGGACCUGAAGCCUGACAACGUCCUGGUCUCUGGUACUGAACAAGACCCAAUCGCAAAGGUGGCUGACUUUGGAUUGGCUAAGUACUACCUGCAAACAGACGGGGUAUUCUUUUGGUACGCUGCCCCGGAGAUUUGGGACCGUCACUACACCGAGAAAUGUGACGUGUACUCCAUGGGUGUCAUGUUCGCCGCCAUGCUUGACCGUACAAUUACAACAAAAACUGUCGACAGGAAACCCCUUCUAGUUGUCUACAUCAAUGGGGAGCCAGUGGCCGAUGUGCAGCUUCGAAACCCCGAAAUCAACCUGGCAGAUCACAUCAUGACAGGACAGCCAGACAACAUGCUCAAAGAAAUCAUUCUUCGCAUGAUGGCAUAUGACUAUCAUGCCCGUCCCACCGCAGCGGAAGUCAACACAUCAAUUCGUCAAAUACAGUCGGAGCCAUGUACACUGUCGUGA